AUCCUGGUCCGCUGUGCAGCGCUCGUGCGCUAGUGUGCGAUAAAGUUAGCGCUCUUAUCUCCGCUCAUGUCCGUUGAUAAAUUUGGUCGACGGUAGUGGCACGUUCAACUUCCGAAUGCCAUCCACCUGCAUACGAGCUGGAAUCGCGUGAUUGCGCAAAGGCAGAUUCGGCACAUCAUUCACCACCAAUCGUUAGCUUCAUUCUCUGUCAAUCAUGGAUCAUUCCAUCGAUGGUAUCUCUAACCCUCUAUGGCUCUGCCCCGUUGACGUGGGCAAUGACGAAUGGCGAGGCAAAACUAAUCCUCGCGAGCGACGAAAAAUCCAGAAUCGGAUUAACCAACGGGCUCGCCGUAAGAUGAAGACUGUCUCAGAUGACGACACUUUUCAAUGUAUUUGCUAAAACUUAGGACUACAGGCACACGCCGACGCAAUCCGCUUGAUGACUUUGAUAUCACUUAUCAAAUUUUUGCUGCUAUCCCCGAUAACAGUCACAGAUCCCUACCGGAAUUGAUCGGUGCAGUAUCAAGGCAGGAAUUGAGUCUCAAAGCACUCGUCGAUGCCAUCGCAACCCUUGAUCUCCAAUCGCAGGACAACCUGGCCAUCAUCAGGGCCUUUGAGGGUAUUGCUUAUCAGACCAGAACAAGCAAUGUCCCGUUGCCUAGAAUGUUGUCAAGCCUGGCUCAGUUUAACAUCUCCCGAGCUCUAAUGUCGAAUGCUGAAAUCUUUGGGUGGACUGCUCAACAUUUGCACGAUGAUGCUCUUUCGCCAUUCGUUGUGGCAGGCCCUUGGCCACCAAGUGUCCACGUACAUAGUACCCUUCUACCUUCCGGCCUUAGACCCACUACCCUCCAGUGUACUGUUGAACAUCAUCCUUGGAUUGAUUUGCUUCCCUUGCCCCAGUUGCGAGAUAACAUGCUCAGGCGAGACGUCGAUUCUUUUGACGAGGGGGCUCUAUGUCGCGCUUUCACCGGACGUGGUCAUGAACGGGGCACCGGCAUCCUGGUAUGGGGAGAAUCAUGGGAUGAGAGUGGCUGGGAGGUGACGCAGGGCUUUGCUCAAUCGUGGGGCUGGGUCAUUGCCGGUUGUUGGGAUCUGUUCCGAUCUACAAAUACGUGCCGCGCACAAAGGGGCGAACGGCCACUUUUCAAGUUAAAUUGUUGAUAUUUUGUACAUCUCGGUUGUAAACAGUAUUUUUCUCAGAACAUAUCCCUUAAUGCAAGGCCUUGUUUGACAUUUCUGGUACUUCUUUUAUGACAAGAAUGCUCAGGUGCUUUCCUUCAGGCGCAGUUCACUCCGAUUGGCACAAUACUCAGUGUUACCUUGACAGGUGACACGUAUUCGCUGAUGGUGAACCAUAGAGUGUUUUUACUAG